AGUUUACAUGUCCCUCCACAGAUCACCUGACACCGCUGAGGUCACACCCAAUCUCCACCCUCAGACCAGGGAGGCACAGUUGAGGCCUGAGAGGAGAGAACCUCCCACCACAUGUCUAAGUCAGGAGACAUGACAACAGAAGUUCCCUGGCAAAACUAGGGGUUAUGGUGUCCCGACUCCCAGCAGCACCAAAAUCCGGAAUGGAUCCCACAGAGUGACACGUGCACGUAAAGUGCGAACCUUUACUAGCUCCGCCCUCCAGGGGCGACGCUCCGCUCUUCGUGGCCAGCUUUUCUGGAGACAGAUGUAAAUAGGGAAAUCCAUGAUCACUGCAAGCGCCAAACUCCCCCCGAGACCUCGCCCCCAGUCACAUCCUGACUACUAUAAUUUAUAUCCCUCAACAGUAGGAGGUGGGUUGUCAGGAGUGGUCUGCCUACAACUGUAAGAUAACAAAACCUUCUGCAACUUUCAAUAUUACUGCUUGCUAUCAGUGAGUAAAAUCAUUUUUUAUAUUCAGAACCUGCUCACACAACUGAGGGUUUGUUACAGUGUGUCAGUGAAGACAAUCCACUGUGAGCUGGACAUCGGUCCCCACUGUCCUGGACUUUGGGCUCUUGUCUACAUUGAGCAGGACUGUGUGUUCCCAUUCACUGACUGCAAACUGUGGGAAUGGUGAGGAAUUUACACACAGUCUGUCAUGGGAUUUUGUUUGCUGUUGCAGUGGCCCCUGUGGCCACCUAUCAGGUCCUGUAGGGGCCCAAUAUAUCCCUGGACUCAGGGUCUCUACACUGCAUGCACCAGUACAGAUAGAUUUCCCGGAAUGCGCCCCUCGCCCCCCGUCCGUACAUUCACCCGUAGCAUGCCUGCAGCUCAUUGACUCAUAUGGGAACCAUUUGUAUUGUGCAAGUCAGCUGUGUUAGCACAUUACAGGAGAGAUACAAGCGCCCCGGGGCCCCACAAGCCCCAACAACAACCUCCCCACCGGGCCCCAUCAUGUGUCAACACAAGGGCCAGGAGCAUCUGUAGAUAAUCUGUGGCCUACAUGUGUCUAGCAUCCCAGAGCGUUACACCUCAAACCUGAUGUCGGGGGCCCAUCAUGCUGCAGCCCACCAGCGAUCAGGACAGCGGUUAUGGUGAAUUUCUUGAGUCGCCCUCAUCCCUGUGGAGCCUGGUGGAGGAGCAGGUGCCCCGGAGCGAGAGGGCCGAGAUCAAGAGGAUUCUGGGAGACGCCGCUGUAGACCUCAGCCUGGACCUACAUGCAGAGGUCGAGGUUCUCCUGGAGCUGUGGAGAGACGCCCGAUCCUCCUGUCCAUCCGCCGUCCAGAGCUCCCCCUCCAGCGGCUCCAUCCUGGCCGACCCCCCGCUGAUAAAGGACAUGGUGACCCAGGAGAUCCGAAUGCUGCUCCUCAGUGUGAGGACGAAGGCUCGGCACCAGGGACUAGACGAGGACCAGGCUGUGUCUAAAUACAACCCCAGGGUGGUGAGCUUUGUGAUCGGGACAGCGGGGAGGCCGGAGAGCAGAGCAAGGAGCAGCGAAAGCAGAUUGAGUCGCCCACCAUCAGGGUGCAGAGCUGUCAAUGAGCGGUCCUUCUCCUCGCUCUCCACCAGCUCCGGAAUAGAAGACGACCUGGAGGAAUUGAAGGACAAGCUGCAAAUAUCUCACAUUGAUGAAGUGAUACUUCACCUUCGGUCACUUCUGGAAGACGAGUGCCGGACCCUAGAAGCAGAUGUGAUCACCCUGCAGCAUCGUCUGGAGGUGGAGUGGCGGUACGCGGAGGCGCUGCAGGCGGAGCCAUCGCUCACAGAGCUGAAGGAGGAGAGAAGAAUCCUGGAGAGGGACCUGCAGCUCGCCCAGUUACCCGCCCCCAAGAUGGCGUCUAGUGGAAAACCAAACAUUGCGAGCUGCAGGUUGUUGGAUAUGGGAAGAAGACGGCAAAACGCUGGCUGUAUAUUGUCCCUGAAAAUGUCAAGUAUCCCGGAUCUACAGUAUGACCGCCCCCUGACUCCAUGCCCUCCAGAUCCAAGGCUGAAGAAUCCUCAGGGGAGGCCUGGGGCCCUAUCCUGUGCUGCUGCAUAUCCAGUGAAGGGUCCUGAGGAGCCAGGACUGAGCUCCCCUCAUCGAUUCAUACAGGAGCGGACAUCCAGGGUCUACUCUCCUCUGUGCAGAGACCCGCGGGGGAGGGGCACAGUGCGACCUCCAAGCCUCCCAGCCAAUGGAAGAGCGGCUUUCACUUACGAGGCGAGUCCUGCUGCAGCACCAGCCCCCCCUGGGAAUACUCUGCUUGUCCCGCUACCUCCCAAAGUACAGAGACCACCCGGCAGCUCUGGCCCAGCUCCAGCUUUCCGCAGAGUAAGGGCUCACGUGAUGAAUCUGCCCCCAUGAGAGGAGACCAUGGAAGGGAAAGUGACAACCAUCAUGGCCGCCGCUCUGGAAGGUGGUGCACACCGUGUCCGGGGCCUUCUCCGCUGGUGUCUCCGCCACUGUAGACCGCAGGCUGCUGCUAAUAAGCUACCAUGACGUAUAACGGCCCGACAACCUGACGGACCAGGAGAUACGCCCUGUACAGUCGUUUAAAGGGACGCCUCCGUCAGAAGGGGGUGUUCUUUACAAUUAAUAUUUAUGGGUUUUUCUAAAGAACUUUUGUCGUUUUUUUCUUUUUCA